GGAGAGGCGGGCCUAACUAAUUUGAGGUUUAGCGAAAGAAUCAAGCGGUUGUUGCUGUUUAUUUUCAUAGUCGCAAUUCUCGCUUAGCUAUACGAAUCAUUGGGAAGUAUCUCCAAUUUUGUUGGAAUGAUGAGUGAAAUUGAGAAAUGGGUAAAAAAUGAGGCCCUUCCAGGAAACUUCUACCUAGGGGAUGUGGGGCAAUUUCCCUUGAGCCUUGCAAGUUUCCGGUCCAUUUAUAAUCAACACUGCAUCUCUGAUGAGAUCAUGGAUGCCAUUUUUUAUCUGAAAGGGAAGCAUGAUCAAAAAUGUGUCCUGACAUCACAUGUAAUGACUAAUAUAUUGGACGGCACAAAAAGGGCCAGGAGCACCUACUUUGUGAAGGUAUGAUUAAUUUAUUGACCAACACACUAGACUGGAUGCAAUUUAUACACAACCUCACUCAAGCCUGCUUCAUGCUGGUAGCCUGUAUAUGUUACCUAAGAAUACUGGGAAGCCCUCUACUUAUGUGGACAGUUGUGCUCUGAUAAUAAGCCUCUUUAACCAAGACUUGGAACUCUAACAAUCAUAAUCUUGACAAGACAAGACCUACUGUAUAUUUUUCUAUUACCCCAUCUCCCCAGAAUAACAUUCUGCACAGCAGUAGGGAUAUCAUGGGGCCCUAUUUGGAGAAUGGUAACCACUGGACCUUUGUUGUAAGUAAACAUGCACACAUAGUGCUUACAAUGUAAGUAAUGUUUUAUUGUUUGUUAAGUUCUCUGAUAAUUCUGCAUUGGGAUAAUCAAGUUAUGAUCGUCUUCUCCUCCAGUGGUCAAGGAGAGUCAUUACAUGUAAUUUCUCUCAAACCUGUUCCACCACUCCAGGUUCCAAACAUAGUUCCAGUCUCUGUCCCUGUUUACAAACUUUACCAAUGCUCUGUCUCUGUCCUGGUUUUUGUGCUUCAAAUCACUACAGUUACUGUUUCCCUUUUGUAGCAUUGUGACCUAACCUCCAAGGUCAUUACAUAUGCCGAUUCCUUGGGUGAGUCUACGGAUAAGAUGUCCGCAAUCAAAGACAAUUGGGGAGGCUAGGCAGACAACUGGACCUUGGACUAUUAAGUCCUUUAAACAUGCAAAGCAAAUGGACAGCGUGUCCUGUGGUGUUUUCACCAUCAUGUUUGCAGAAUGCCACCUUUGUGUCUCCCCCUUCAGGGACUGCUGUCUUUUCACAAAAAGACAGCAAUUGACACAAGAGCUUUUGGCAGCACUAGAUCACACCAAGCGAUGUGGUUCUUGUGUUAAGCUGCUGCAUGGCAAAGGGGUCAAAUGUGGUGGUACCUGUAGUGGGCAUUUCCACACUAUGUGCCUGCAAAAGAAGGGCCUGUGUUUUCUUUGUGCUUAUGACUGUGACGUUGUCCAGGUGGACAACGCGGAUGAGGUUGUUGUCGUGGAAAAGGGCACCAACACUCAGAUGGAAGCAGACACCACAGAGGAAGAAGUUGCAGAUGGUGGCCUGGCACAAGAAUCAGCGGCCGCAGAGGGGGAACAAGAUCAACCUGUUGGAGAACACGCGUGUGCAGAUGGUGGCCUAGAAUCAGCGGCCACAGAGGGGGAACAAGUAUUAUUCGAAGUGGAGAGUGUUCUCCGAAUAUCUGAUGGGACCAAGGCCAAAAGAGGAAUGUGUGACCCUUUCAGAGGAUCUGAACUUCCUGGCAGCAAAGUUCCUGCCCAUCACCACAAUCAGCCAGUCCUGUCUGGAGGAGGGUGAUGGCUUACAUGAGGCCAUAGCGAAAACUGAAAACUGCAGGAAGACGCUGGGACACCUCCUGACCACCAUGGAGGCCAAUUGGGAAAAUUAUGGCCUGGCCACUCAUGGCCUUGGUCCCCAAAUGUUGAAGGGCACCUUUGCCCUAAUUGACACCUGUCUGGCAAAAAGAAUUGAAAUGUUGGAGACCCAGAAAUGAUAGCUUCAGCGAAUGUUCUACUAGGAAGACUCGUAGUGUAGCCUUACUCCUCCCAUGCUUACACGGAGCCAAUCUUAACUGCCUACUUUCGGGAAAGCCCCGCAAUCUGAUCAUUCACUCAUUUAAUCAGCGCUAGCCUAUAGGAAUUCAGCGGGCUCUUUAAAUAUGUACCACCUAACACUGCUUCUACUUCUCAGUACGCUGACCUUGACGUCC